AUGCCAGAGCUGGCAGAGCUGAGCAGCCCCCGCACCCCUGCGGACGCGGACCAUAUCCAGAGGAACAUCUUGGAGGAGCAUGUGGAGCUCUGGUGGUUCCAGGACCCAAAGAAGUCCAUCCUGUGCUACGGGAUGGCUGUGGUGCUGAUCCUGGCCUGUGGGAUCGGGGGCAUCAUCCUGCUAUAUAGCACUAGCAGCCGGUCUGGGGAGUGGCGGCUGGCUGUGGGCACCACACUCUGCCUCCUGGCCCUGCUCGUGCUGCUGAAGCAGCUGCUGAGCUCUGCAAUCCAGGACAUGAACUGCAUCCGCAGCCGGGAUCAGAUCGAGCUCCUGAAGAGCGGGGGCUUCUCGGACUGCCUGGUGCUGCUGCUCAGUGCCCUGGUGCUGGUGGUCUGCGGGGUCGUGCUCACCAUCCUCUCCACCACGACCAUGCAGCUCAGCCCUGCACGGCCGCUGGCCAGCAUGUUCACCAGCGGAGUUGUCCUCCUGACUGCUGGCAGUGCCAUCCUCCUCUGCCUGCUGCUCUACCUGCUCUGCACCUCCUGCCGCCAGGCUGCUCCUCGGAGCCUGGAGACUGGCGAGAUCCGUGUCUUCACCAUCUCCGGACGCCUCGCUGCGAACAGACGGCUUCCUCCCACCUCCAGCAUGGCCAACCUGAUCUGA